GGCGUUAACAAGCUCGCUUCGGCCGCCAUGAGCUGAUCACGCUCCUGUGGCCCUGCCUUGUGGCUUGGGGCCGGACGCGGCAUGGGAACACGGCUGAAUGCCAUCCGCGAGGCGUGCCGGCUCGCCCCGGAUCUUCGAAGUGAGGAAAAUGUCAACGACAUCUUGGAGUUUGUGCGUGACGUGAAGUUCUUCGAGGCGCUGACCUCUUUGCAGCAGCGCACCCUGUGCAAGAUGAUGAGCCUUGAGACCUUCGAGCCGCGCGUGAACAUCUUCGAAGUGGGCGACGUUGGGGAUAAAUACUACAUCAUCCUCUCUGGCAGUGUCAGUGUCCAGGUGCCGUCGUUGAACGCCCCUUGCCCAAAUGGCAUCCAUGAAGGAAGGUGCACCUGCAAGAACCGGCCGCUGGAGACCACGGUGUUCUUGGCCAAGGGCAGCGGCUUUGGAGAACUGGCGCUGCAAGAGGACAAGCCCCGAUCUGCGACCAUUCAGACCAGUGAGAGGACAGAGGCACUGGUCAUCACCAGGACAAACUACGAGAAAUAUGCGGGCGAGCUCCACAAGCUUUUCAUCGAGCAGAGAGUCAAAUUCCUCAGGCAAUGCCCCCUGAUUGAGCAAGCUCUUCAACAAGGCUCGGUGACCCCCCCGGACCUGGCGGCCAUGGCCAACUGCCUCAACGAGCGGAGCCUCAACGGGAACCAGCUGGUGGUGCGUCAGGGCGAGCCGGUGGAGAGCAUGAUCUUCGUGCGCUCCGGCUCCUUGGCCAUGCUGAAGCUGGUGGACGUGGACGGGAAGGAGUCGCGAAGGCCAAGGGCACCUGAUUCGCGGAUGAGGGGCAAAGUGACAAAGACCAAGGCUGGCCAGGAGCCAGACGCCCCGGUCGCAGACGGACAGGGAGCAACAAACUUGGCGAAGGCGAUCCUCGAGAUGAAGAGGGUGGACCGGGACAAGGCCCUGGCGGCCUCCUUUUUGAGGAACUCCAGGACGACCAGAAGGGAAAGCAUGGAGGAUGCUGCCCAGUUUGCACAACAAGUUUUCGGCAGGAGAGCGUCGUUUGAGCAGGAGGAGAGGCCCAAGAUGGAGCCCCAGAUCUCCAACAGGAGCAGCAAAGCGAGCCAGCCAAGCCAGAGCCAGGCACUUUGGGGCAAGCUGCGGGCCACAACGAACCAGGUUCCCAUGCCAGGGUUGCCGUGGGUCUUGACUUCGAGGACGUUUUGUGCUUGCCCCUCAGAGGCCAUGACGCUGAAGAAGACCGCAGAGGCGCUGGGGUCUGAGGCCGACAAGGCAGAAACGGAGACGAAGACGACUGGAGUAUACAAGGCCUUCUCGGCCGUGUCGCGCAAGCAGGAGCCCAAGAAGAAGCUCCUGCUGCGCGUGGGCUCGGUAGGUGCCUUCCAGUACUUUGGUGACAAGGAGGUGUGCAAUUCCCAGGUGUUCCCUUGCAGCCUGAUGAGCGACCCAAUCGCAGACAUCUACAUCAUGAGCAAGCAUGAUGUCCUGCGCCGCUUGCCCAAGAGUCUGCUUUCGGCACUUUUCACGCAGGACGUGCAGAAAGAGCCGACGGACGGACAGCUCGUCGACAUGCUGCGCCAAAAUGAGCGCUGGUUCACCUUCCGCCGCAGCAUGCAUGGUGAGGUCCUGAUGUGCCGGGACCAGGAGAGGGGAGGUGGGGCACGCGCCUACACCUCGACGCACAAGGUAGAUGCCUUGUCGAACUUCGAGUUCCUAGGCGUGAACCCUCACGGCUCCUUUGCUGGGCGCACGCUGCCUCCGCCGCGGAAGAUCCUAGGUGUUCACCUCACCGCCAAGGAUGAGGAGCUCUUCAGUCAGACCUCUGCCAGGUUCCUGCGGCGGUUUGACCACCUGAAGCGCGACAGAGGUUUGCGGGUGGCCUUAAGGAAGGCCGGUGCUUCAGAGAGGCUCCUGAGCAGCAUCCGGCAGGAUGCCUUGGACCCGAUGCAGAUUCGCUUUGACCAGCAGUGGUCGAAGCUGCAGCAAGACCCUGUCAGCUUGGACUUGGACCAGGAGAACCUGGAGGAUCUAUUCAGGAUUCCCAGCGCCGACGAGAUGGGCGACGGGUGUGUGAAGACUCUGUUGCCAGGACAAGUGGCCGAGAGAGGUGAUAGUGAUUUCACCGGCCGCUGGAAUACGGCAGAGCUUGGUGCAGAAGGGAACCUGCAGCCGCUCCUGGAGUCCAAAAGGCGCGUAGGCUUCUCGUGACCGGCGAAGCUCUGCUGGUCGCGUUUUUUGCCUGGGCUGCAGGCUCAGGAGAGUGCCGCGCGGGUAGGAAAAUGC